AUGACCGCCCCUACAAGUCAAUUUCACAGGCUGUCCAUCGGUCCAAACAUGUCUGAUCAGACACUGCCUGCCCGCGGGCGGCCGAACCCUCACGACAGUGACUCUCCCUCAGAGGCUUCCAGCGAGGAGGGGAGGGAGACGAGCGAGGUGUCGGAAUCGACCAGCGCAUCGAUUCUGGCCCCCUCGGGCAUUACCUAUGACCUGAGCCACCUGGACUCUGAGACGGAAGCCAGAGCUCUCGUGGGACUGACGGGCAGCUUUGACGUCGUCAACAGUCAGCACACGUCCGCCGGGUAUGACUUCCAGCUGAUCGAUCGCCCCCGGGUGCGCAUUGGCGCGGACUCGUCGACGUGCACCUGCGCGGUCUUUCAGAGUCAUCCGGACGGGGCGUGUCACCACAUCUUUUGGCUCGUCGACCAACUUCAUGGCUGCUUUGUGCGAGACCCUCCGUCGACAGAGGUAGCGCUGGCUCCGGACGGACGCCCAGAUCUCCCACGGCUGGAAAAUCUCCUGGAGGGCAACUUGGAGGCAGUUACAGCCCAGCUCCGGUGGCAGUGCCCCCAGGAUGAGGGUGGGGGCACCGGCGGUAGGAUAGCUCGCACUCAGAAGAUGAAAGACAUCUUGUCUGCGUUCUACCCUCCGAUUCCUGAGGAGUUCCGACAAGACUUGACCGAGACGGCCGAGCCUGCACGGACCUUAGAGCAAUGCGUUGUGCAGGGAGACUUCGUGGCCACCAUGGCUCGUUUGGCAAUGGUCAAUGACAACUUUUCCGACAACUUUUUCGACGUGAUGCAGCAUAGGAUCAUGCCAGCCGGUGCCUGUGCGGCCAUCUACUUUGACAAAGUGCUCGACCAGUCCCGCCGACUUCUGAACGACUUCGAUCGAUACUGCUCAGCCGAGCCGCACACCGAGGCCAGCCAGGGGAAAGGCGUGAGCGUCAACGAGGUCGUGACACAACUGCAGCUUUCCGUAUCUCGCAUUGCGACCAACAUCACAGCUCGGAGUCCACAUGGGAGCGAACGCGCUGGUGAAGCUCUGGUCUCUCUCCUCGAGUCCGUGGUGGCCCGCAACAACGAUGCGCUUGAAAACAAUCGCUUCCGCGACUCCUUCAACGGCGAAGAUGAAGACCAGCGCAAUAUCUACCAUCUGCUUAUAGGUUCGAUCGAGACCGAUUCUGAAACAGACGCGCGGCACUUUGUGCUUCACGCGCUAAAUGCGCUGCCGCCACUGGACGUCUACCAAUUCGAGAACCGGCUGCAGGACAUCCUCCGCAAACUCGAGGUCAACCGUGCCCCCAAGCAAUAUCUUCUCCAUCUUGGCUCUCUCCUGCAAGCUGCGAGGUCCGCUGCUGCCAUGGCAUCCGGGCAGAAACGCCCUGCUGCCGGAAAUGGCAACUCAGGAGGUUAUUCGAAACGCACCCGCUGA